CUAGUAACGUAACUUCCCAAACGCUCCCAUUUUUAAGGAAGUGUCGCAGUGAAAUAAGUUGUUUCUGCCACAGUUAUAGAACAACAUAUACAUUAUGUUUUCAGUGGAGACAACUUUGAUUACUCACUGAAAUGACGCAGUCGCGAUGCUUCUCAUGUUGCUCUGUAUUCAAGCCGUCGUCCAAGUUCCAGUGGUGUCUGAGGCUACGCCAGCACCACCACAAAACAUUCAUGUUGAUAAGUGGCUGCUGACAUGGACUCCUGCCACUGAAGAGAGAGAUGUCACCUACACUGUUCAGUACCGUAGCUUUGGCAGCAUUGUGUGGAAAGAUGUACGAGCCUGCAACCACACAUCUUUACACUCAUGUAAUGUCACUUUGACCAGAGAUGAGAGUAAGCAUGGCUGUGUUAUGCUCCGCGUGCAGGCAGAGAGACAUGGGCUGACCUCAAAACCAGUCAAAGCCUGUAGCAGAUAUGGUGACUCUUGUAGCCCUGAGGUAAGACGGGUGACUGCACAGCCUGGCUCACUGACUGUAUAUCUGAGCAGGAACCACAGCAUGGUUUGGGAACAUGGAGACCAUGUAACACACAGGGUUUACUAUGGCAAGCAAGAAGAGUCACUGCAGCAGGAGUAUGAAGAUGGUACUUCUUCAGUGUUCAUCCAAGAGCUGGAGGAGGGUCAACGUUACUGUAUGAAGGUGCAGUAUCUUCUCUACGAUAAACCUGCUGGACUGGGAAGUUGCACCCAGUGUGAGGUCAUCCCUGUGUCAAGUCACAAGCCAAAACAAACAGAUGUGAUAGUGGUUGUGGUGGUUGUCAUUUUCGUGGCCUUUCUGAUAUCUGGGAUAGGGUACUUCCUCAUCUUCCGACUCCACAGAUUCAAACAGUGGCUUCAACCUCCGUGCGAGAUCCCUCCACACUUUCUCUUCGAGCCAUUUCCAGAGCAUCACAUUUGCAGCUACAACAGCAGCAUCCGUGAGGGGCACUGUGAUAUAAUUUCCUCGACUGAAUGAAAGCAGCGGCCCUCCCUCUGCUCUACAUCCAUGUGUCCUGCUCAUUUUGCUGUUGUAUGGAUUAGGUUUGACCUGUUACAGAUGCUCUCUGAAACCUACUACUGACUCCCCUACAGUUAUACUGUAUGUAAUCUGCUUCUCCCUGAAGCCUGACUUUCUGCUGAGAUGGAUUUGGAUUCAGGAUAAAUCAACGGAAGGUAAUAAACACUAAAAUGUAUUCCUAUCUUGACAAUCAUUAGGCUCAUUAUGGAUGUUGAAUUCCAGAAAAGUGCCAUUGUAGGAGAUGUAAAAUAUAAAUAGUUAUUAAAGUAGUUAUUAGUUUUAAAAAGUUAAGCAAAUUGAGCAAAAUGACAUAAGGAACAUAUUUGGCGGCAUUAUUUGCACUGUUUGGAUGAAUACAUAUGUAAUUAUGAUUACGCCACUAAAAAACUAAAUGUAAACUAUGCCCUGUCUACCUGCAAAGAAGCACAGUCAGUGUGAAUCAGUGUGGCUUCUGCCUAUUUGUUUGACACCAGUUUUAGGGAAGAUCACCACUGGUGAAAAAACAUGAAUCUUAAAUAUUUUUUUAUCUUUAAAUGGUUAAUUUGUUUAAUUUUAAGCAUUUCAAUUUUGUCUCCAACCAGUUAAAACUGUAAUGUUACUGUUGUCUGUCUCUAAUAGUGGCCACCACUAUAAUUUCUGCUGAUGAAUUUAGGAUGUGUCUGUUAGUUGGAUGUUGCAGGCUUUGGACUCAUGUCUCAAACUUAUUGCCAUUAAAUAGCUAAUAUUAAGACUGCCAGCUAACAAACAAGGCUGUCCUUUCAUUGAAAGUCAAUCCUAGGUCACCUUCUUGUGUUUGUUGUACAAGUAACAAAAAAGAUUAAACGGUCAGUAUUCCUAA